AUGCAUAUUUCACGGAUUCGAAGCAUUUGUUCCUCUCACACAGAUGGCCAUGGUCACCAGAGCGCAUCUCCUUGGCGCAGAAUUGGAUGGUUUAGACAAACUGAGUUUUGGGCUCUUUCAGUCAUCAUGCGGCAUGGCAUGAAUGUGAUUGGGAGACUUACUCAAAAAAGAAACAAGGCUUACUCUACUGUUCUGUCUUGCAAAGUAGACAAGAUCUGUCUAAACUCAACCCCUGUUCAAAACUGGCGUCAUGACGGAUCAAUAUAUCUCAAAGCUUCCCAUCCCAGCGUACCGGAACCGAAGCUGACUCUGACAGUGUCUGCUACACUUCCUGGCUUUGUUCCGAAGAUACUAGCGGUGGACGGGAGCCGAAAUGCAAUGCUCCAGAUUGGGGCCCAACAUCUAGAGUACUCCGAUCCAAAGGCUGUCAUGGCAAUGCUUGCAAAUCUUCACAUUUCUUCAAUUCAGCACAUCGAUGUACUUCGGGCUGGCGGGGUGCCCUACCGAGGACUGCCGUGGAUUUCCUCUAAUAUUGCAAAUAUUCUUCAGCACCCUGUUCUUGACCUUUGCCGGGACAAAGAAACGCUUAAUUCUUUGCGAAACCGGGUGGACGAGUUGCAAGAUAUUUGCAGUGUGCUUUUACGGUACAACAUUCCAGAUACACUGGUUCAUGGUGACUGUAGUGAGGCAAAUAUGAAGAGAGGUCUCGAAGAAGAGAAUCGACUUUGUUUCAUCGAUUGGGCAAACUGCUGUAUCGCACCCCCCUUUUUCGAUCUUUAUCGCAUGACUCUGGAAGAUAGUUGGAGCGACAAUGCAUUCAAAAACUCCAAAGAGUCUUACUUCGAGACCUGGACGGGAUUUGCUUGUCAAUGGAAGAUGGCAGAGGCUUUCCUCCUUAUUUCCCCAAUAUUCAUGUGCUACAAUUUAAGUGUAUUGCUCGCUACGUAUGAAAUGUUGGAACCAGUAGAACAGCGGUCAUUAGUACAAAUACUCGAAGAUCGAGUGGGGUACAUUUGCGAAACCUUGGACCAGUAUCGUGACACCGGUUCAGACACAUGGCAGGGAGAUGGUGAAGAACCAAGCACAUACCAUUUCGUCAUUCCCUCGCCAUUGAAAUGUGCUGUUCUUGUUCAUCGGGCGAGGUCUGAGAUGCGCCUCCCUGUACUGUCCCCACCGAGAACUGAAGCAUAUGAGUGGGUGAUUAACUGGGCUAGGGAUACUGAUGUACUGCACGACAUAGUGAAGGCUGAGCUUGGCUUGAACUUAUGCGUCCUUCGACCUCUUUGGGUUCGCCCAAACUGUAGAUAUGGAACUGAAGAAGUCGUGUUGCUUGCCGAAAUUCUCGAUGUUGAUUUCGAAGUCCCUCGAGGUCUUGAAUGGAUUGAGUACAAAGAGGCUCUGGAAAGUCCUUGGAAGGUGAUUGGUCAUGAACUUGAGCCGAGGAGUUUGCUAUCUGCAAUCGUCGAUGAUAUUUCAAACAGCAGACUUCCAAAGAAUCGCGUGCCGUGGCGUUCUUCCGGUUGGUUUAAGGAAACUGCAAACUGGAUUACUGCUGUCUUGCAAGAGAAUAACAUGAAGUUGGAACAGCCUAUAGCAAUUAUGCGGAACACGUUCGCCUCAUGUGUCCUGAGAUGUCACGUGCGACCUUUUGUUGAGCCAACCUCUGGCGCUCCUAGGAAAGACGAUAUCCUAUACGUAAAAGCGCUUCACUCACGGCUUUUGAAAGCUUCGAUGAUUGCAGUGAUCCAUGAAGUGGUCACAGAGAUUGCCCCAGCUAUGGUGGCCGUGAAUGAAGCUCGCAACAUGUGCAUGGAAAGGAGUGUCGCUUCGAGCCGUUGUCCGAGUAUUAACACCGAGUUGCUGAUGAAAACCAUAGCAGGGGUUCAUAAGCGUUCUGUACCACACCUGGAGGUCCUUAAACAUGCCGGGGUGCCCGUUUAUACAGCGAAGUGGUUGCUAUCAAAUGUGAAAGAGAUUUUAGGGUGCUCACUUGUGAUUGAAAGUGGAGAUAACGUGUCUGUAGCUAAACUGCGAGCGAACGUUCCCAGACUCGAAUCAUGUUUGAAGGAGCUGUCAUCCUACGGCAUCCCGCAUACUCUUCUUCAUGGUGAUUUGCAUUCCUUAAAUAUUGGCGAUGCUGUCGAUAAUUCGUUCCACCAUAUCUUUGACUGGAACAGUGCUUACAUUGGGCAUCCGUUUUCUGACUUCGUCGUGACACGGUUCUCAGAAGACGACCCAGAGGACGAACAAGAACUUGCUGAAAAGGUAUAUUUUCAGUACUGGCGAGAAUAUGGCGAGCCGAAGGCACUUCAACGUGUUUCUCAGCUGGCACUAAUAUCGUACUUCUGCAUCAACCUUCACCGACUCCAGAAGGUGUCAGAAGUAGUGGAGAAGGUAGACUAUGGAUCUGUAGAAGUUUUAUGCAAGGAAUCAAUUGAAAAUGUGCUACAUGGGCUCGAAGUACUAGAUAGAGUCGAUGACGGUCAAUAACCAGUCGAAAGGGGUAUCCCUAUGGGUACUUCAUGAAACCAAUGCCUCAACUGAGAA